GAGCCGCGGGGCGGCUGCGCUGCGAGUCAGCGCGGGUGGGGCGAGAGGGGCUGAGUGGGACACGCGGCCCAGCCCCAUUGAGGCCGUGGCAGCGGAUGAGACAGGGGGAGUGGUGCUCGGAACGUGGCGUGGGCACAGCCCGGGGCUGCCCGGCAUUGGCCCCGUAUCCCCGGGCAGCCGCAGCAAUCCCACCGACCGCGGUCCCUUUUGGACCGGCCGCCCCACGGACCCCGUUCCGCAGGCCGAGCUGUGCUGUGCGGGGACAAACCCCGCUGUCCAACACAGACAUGGUGGCAAAUCGCCCAACACCGUGCUCAGGGCGCAUCCCUGCUCAGGGCUCCACGGGGUGCUGUGCAUAGGGCAGGGCCGUGGCUCCAUGCCGUGGGACAGCCGCAGCCCCCAGGCACUGCCCUCCACGCUGCCUCUCGCAUCUGGAGCUGCUUUUUGGCACAGACACCCACGUUCCCUGGUGCUGGCAGGCGCAGGGAGCACACAUGGUUAACGCCGUCCGCCUGCGCUGGGCCCACAUCUGGCAGUGGGAGGGCUGCGCCGUGCUCGUCCCGCUGCUUUGCUCUCCUCCUUUGCUUUCCAGAAGUGCAUUUCCGCCCGGCCAUAGGAGGAGACGAGGCUGUCACAGGGGCAGGCUCUGCCCCACGCCGAGGGGUCUGGCAGCGCGGCACCAAGCAAUGCCCCGGAGCAGCACAGGCAGCACGGGGAGAGAGCGGCCCUGCCCCAGAGGGUGCUGCUACAGCAUGGAGGGGUUUUGGACGCUCGGAGUCUUGCUGCUCUCCUGCCUGCUGCUUCCCAACCCUGUGAGCAGCCAGACCAGCCCCAACCCUGACCAGCAUCCAGCGGAGCCCGAGGAGGUCCCAUCCAAGCACCAGGCAGUCAGGGCCACGCAGGAGCAGAAGGACAGCGGUGCCCAGGAGGUGCUGCCCCCACGGCCCCACUGCGUCCGCUGCUGCGAGCCGCCCGAACACCGCUUCUACCCCCAGUACCAGCCCCAAAUCAACAUGACCAUCUUGAAAGGUGAGAAGGGAGAACGCGGUGAGCGGGGCAUGCAGGGGAAGUUCGGCAAGACAGGGGUGGCCGGCAGCAGGGGCCACACGGGGCCCAAAGGACAGAAGGGCAGCGCAGGCGCCCCGGGGGAGCGCUGCAAGAGCCACUACGCUGCCUUCUCGGUGGGCCGCAAGAAACCCCUGCACAGCAACGACUACUACCAAACCCUCAUCUUCGACACGGAGUUCGUCAACCUCUACGACCACUUCAACAUGUUCACGGGGAAGUUCUACUGCUACGUCCCCGGGAUCUACUAUUUCAGCCUGAACGUGCACACCUGGAACCAGAAGGAGACCUACCUGCACAUCAUGCGCAACGGAGCCGAGGUGGUGAUCCUUUAUGCGCAGGUGAGCGACCGCAGCAUCAUGCAGAGCCAGAGCGUCAUGCUGGAGCUGCGUGAGCAGGAUGAGGUCUGGGUGAGGCUCUACAAGGGCGAGCGUGAGAACGCUGUCUUCAGUGAUGAGUAUGACACUUACAUCACUUUCAGUGGGCACCUCAUCAAGUACAGUGGGGACCCAUGA